AUGGGAAAAAUCGAGAAAUUCAUGUCGAACGAUCUCGAUACCAGCCUCAAUUUCUACUUGCGAAACGGCUUCCAACCCCAUCCACUCUACUAUGACUGUUCUUUAAUAGAAGAUCCAUAUGCCAUUGGAGAAAAGAGACCGUACCUCGGAGUCUUCUUUAUGGUUGUCGGGGUUCUUGUUCUGACUGUCUACCUGCCUUGCCUUUUUGCCAUCGCCAGAAGUGAUCUUAUGAAAUCUUCAUGCUAUAAAAUAAUGCUCUAUCUGGGUCUAAUGGACAUUUCCUGCCUGACCGUCAACUCGGUGAUCACCGGAUUCCUCGGAUUCGUCGGAGCCACGUUCUGCUCGUACCCCAGAUUCAUUUUCUUUUCGGGAGCAAUCGGUUGCGGGUGCUGGAUGGGAUCUUGCUCUGCGUGCAUUCUUCUCGCCAUCAAUCGCUGCAGUGACAUCAACCACAAUCUCCCAUUUCGAAACAUUUUCAUUGGCCGGAAUGUCUAUUUCACCAUGCUCGUCCCUAUUUUCUACACUGUGUACGCCGUUUUCUUCACCAAACCGCUACUGUUCAAUUCAAAGUACAUGAGCUGGUUCUUCAAUCCAUUUCUGGGCCUUGACGUAAGCAAUAUUGUUGAAUUCAACAUCUCUCUCUCUCUCCUUUUCUUCAGAGUGAACUUUAUGUAAACUUGCCCCACGCAAUCAACAACUGCUGCGUUUCCAUAUGUGCCACUUGUUUCUACGGAUACCUCACCGUCCUAAUUUAUUGGAAGGGUCGACACGCACAAUCAGAAGCCAUUUCGAAAACUCAGAAACAGGUAGGAUCUUAACUUCAAGAAGAUUCUUAUGAUCCAAGUCUUUCAGAUCUUCAUCCAGUCCGUGCUGAUCUGCUCUUGCAACGCCGUGGCUGCCUACAUUUACGUCUACAUGCAAUUCUUCUACUCUCCACCCGCAGUCAUUCUGAUUGGCCAGGUUGCGUGGCAGUGGGCACAUGGUACGUGCUCAAGAUUUAACAUUCAACGUACACGGAUGUAAGAUUACAGCCUCGGUGUGCGUCGUGUAUAUCACGUUCAACAAGUCGGUUCGUCGGAGAGUCAUCAAACUGAUGGUCCCACAGAAGCUUCGUGGAGUGAGCACGACAGUGACGACCACCCGGCCGGUCCUGAGUCUGGUAGGAACGGAAGUGCUGAAGAUAGCUACGACUAACAGCAACGGAUCGCUUUUCUAG